AGCAGAAAAAAGGUACCUUUUUUCUUCGUAUUUUCUCCCCCAUUUCUCACGCAGAGAGAGAGAGAGAGAGAGAGAGAGAGAGAGAAUGCAUCUCUACAAUGCAUGGCUUCCUCCUCCUGUUGCAGCAGAGACGAAUCGCGAGAGGGAAUCUUUCGCCUCUGUUGUUAGAUCGGUGAAGGAAUUAUGGCGAUCGGACGAUCCAGAGUCCGUCUAUUCGACUCUCAAAUGGAUCUCAGUCAUCGAACUUUUUGUAAGAGCAAAAAGCGAAGUUUCUUUGGAAGAUGUAGCGGCACUUGUGGAAGUUGGGCUGGAAAUAUUUCGCAUUUCAGAGAACAAACUUUACGCACAGGUUAGAUGGGGAAAUAUCUUAGUCAGAUUACUAAAGAAAUAUGGAAAGAAAUUGUCCUUGAGUGUUCAAUGGCGACCUUUCUAUGACACUUUGAUGCAAACACACUUCAGCAGAAACACAGGUCCAGAGGGGUGGAGAUUGAGACAACGGCAUUUUGAGGCUGUGACUUCCCUCAUUCAAUCCUGCCGGAAUUUCUUCCCAUCAGGCUCUGCCGCUGAGAUUUGGUCGGAGUUCGGAUCCUUAAUGGAAAAUCCUUGGCAUAAUUCGUCCUUUGAAGGUUCUGGAUUUGUGAAACUGUUUCUUCCGGCAAACAUGGAGAACCGUGACUUCUUUUCACAGGAUUGGAUCAAACAGUGCCUAGAUCUGUGGGAUUCAAUACCAAAUUGCCAGUUUUGGGAUAUUCAAUGGGCAGCAGUUAUGGCUCGCUGUAUAAAGCACUACAAUUCUAUUGACUGGGAGUGUUUCUUACCAGUGCUUUUUACACGAUUCUUGAAUAUGUUUGAGGUUCCUGUAGCAAAUGGAAAUGGAUCAUAUCCUUUUUCUGUGGAUGUUCCAAGAAAUAUGAGGUUCUUGUUUUCCAGCAAAGUGGUUACCCCUGCCAAGGCCAUUGCCAAGUCAAUUGUGUAUCUGUUGAAGCCUGGGAGUUCUGCACAAGAGUACUUUGAGAAAAUGUCAAACCUAUUAGAACAAUAUUACCAUCCAUCAAACGGGGGCCGCUGGACUUACUCAUUAGAGCGUCUGCUGCGGUACUUAGUACUUACCUUCCAACAACGGCUUCGUCAUGAGCAACAAAAUGCAGAUGACAACGGACAUGCUGAACUCUCUUUGGGAAAAACAGAAAGAGCUGCUUUUGUCAAAGUGGUGCUGAAGUUAAUUGAUCGCGGCCAGUACAGCAAAAACGAAUCUCUUGCUGAAACUGUUGCUGCUGCAACUUCCAUUUUAGCAUAUGCAGAGCCUUCCUUGGUGCUUCCAUUUAUUGCAUCUCGGUUCCACCUGGCCUUGGAGACGAUGACGGCUACCCACCAGUUGAAGACUGCUGUCACAUCUGUUGCGUUUGCUGGGCGUGCUCUGUUUCUUGCUUCUGUUUCAGACACUCCAUCCAUAACUGAUGGUCUCGGCGGUGCAGAUGCCUUCACUGAUCUUAUAAUUAUUUCAUUAAACAAUGCAUUACUUGGUAUGGAUGCCAAUGAUCCUCCAAAGACCUUGGCAACCAUGCAAUUGAUUGGUUCUGUAUUCUCCAAUUUAUCAGCACUAGAUGAAAAUGAAGAUGGGCCCACAUUUCUCUCAGCCAUCAGUUCUUCCGAAUGGCUUGAUGAGUUCUUCUGUCGCCUGUUUUCUUUACUUCUACACUUGGAACCAAGCAGUGUUUUAAAUGAAGGGAUCCAUACAUCAGCGACAUCUGGAACUUUCCUGGUUGAAGAUGGUCCUUAUUAUUUCUGCAUGUUGGAGAUCUUACUUGGGAAGCUGUCCAAAACUUUAUAUAAUCAGGCAUUGAAGAAAAUUGCCAAGUUUGUCAACAGUAAUAUUCUUCCUGGAGCUAUUGCGGAGGUCGGGCUUCUUUGUUGUGCAUGUGUUCACUCUAAUCCAGAGGAGGCAGUUGUGCACCUUAUUGAACCGAUCUUGAAUUCUGUCAUCUCCUCUUUGAAAGGAAUCCCCAUCUCUGGCUUUGGUGGGAGAGGAAUUACUGAUGGUUCUUUUUCAACCAAGGCAACACUUUCUCCAGCUCUAGAAACAGCAAUUGAUUAUCAACUGAAGGUGUUAUCGGUUGCGAUCAGUUAUGGAGGUCCUGUGCUGCUUCGGUACGGGGAUCAAUUCAAAGAAGCAAUUGCAUCUGCAUUUGAAGCUCCUUCCUGGAAGGUUAAUGGAGCGGGGGAUCACGUUCUUCGCUCCCUUCUUGGUAGCCUGGUCAUUUAUUAUCCUGUUGACCAGUACAAGUGCUUUUCACAUCAUCCUGCUGCUGCUGUAUUAGAAGAAUGGAUUAGCACAAAAGAUUAUCAGAACAAAGAGCCAUCAUUGACCCCUAAGUGGCACAUUCCUAGUGAGGAUGAAGUGCUGUUUGCAAAUGAACUUUUAGACCUUCAUUUUCGAUCAGCUUUAGAUGAUCUUCUCAAAAUAUGUCAGAACAAAAUUCAUUCUGAUCCAGGAAAUGAGAAGGAGCACUUAAAAGUGACCCUGUUGCGCAUUGACUCUUCAUUGCAAGGCAUUUUGUCUUGCUUGCCUGAUUUUCGUCCAUCCUUUAGGAAUGGGAGUGCCACAGAUCAGGACUUCAGUUCUUUCAUAAUUGCUGGAGCAUCUGGUUCUACUGUUGGUAGUCCUGAACUGAGGGAAAAAGCUGCAAAGAUUAUACAUGUAGCUUCAAGAUACUUGUUGGAAGAAAGAUCAGAUGAUAGCAUCCUUUUCAUACUUACCAUCCGUGUAAUGGAUGCUCUAGUAAAUUUCGGAAGCUUGGAGUAUGAUGAGUGGGCAAAUCACAGACAGGCUUGGAAAUUGGAAUCUGCUGCUAUAAUAGAGCCUCCAACGAAUUUUAUUGUCUCCUCGCAUGCUCCAGGGAAGAGGAGACCCAGGUGGGCACUUAUUGACAAGGCAUACAUGCAUAAUACAUGGCGAUCUUCACAAUCGUCAUAUCAUCGAUUUCGUACAAACAGCAAUUUAUCUCCAUCAGAGCAUGCCGUUCUUUUGAUGGAUGAUCUUCUCACCCUCUCUUCUCAUAACUACGAAACAGUUCGUUCACUUGCAGGAAAAUCUCUCUUGAAGAUGCUCAAACGUUGGCCAUCACUGAUUGGGAAAUGUGUUCUUACCCUUACUGAGAGCUUGCGUGAUCCAAAUGCACCAGAACAUGCUGUGCUAGGUUCUUGCACAAUCCUUGCAACGCAAACUGUUCUUAGACAUUUGACACUGGAUCCAAAGUCCUUCUCUUCAUUUCUUUUGGGGAUUCUUUCUAGCUCCCACCAUGAAACAUUGAAAGCACAGAAGGCCAUCAAUGAGCUUUUUGUCAAAUACAACAUCCAUUUCUCUGGAGUGUCAAGGAGCAUUUUAAGGAAUUCUGACAAGUCAGAACGGCCAGAGUUUGCAGAUUUGGUUUCUCAGAUUGGUUCUAUGAGCUUUGAUACCACUGGUCUGCAUUGGAGGUAUAAUCUGAUGGCUAAUAGAGUACUGUUGUUGUUAACUAUGGCUUCUAGGAGUGACUCAGAUUCGUCUUCAAUGAUUCUCGCUGAAACUGCUGGACACUUCUUAAAGAGUUUAAAAAGUCAACUUCCUCAGACAAGGAUGCUUGCAAUUUCAGCUUUAAACAUAUUGUUGGGAGAAUCACGACACAAAAUCUCUGGUCAGGAAGAUGGCCAAUGUGCUGAGGACUUUAAAGGACAGGCUAACUCUUCCUUCGAAGGGGCUUUGAGUAAAGUAUUCCAGGAAGAGGGAUUCUUCAAUGAAACACUGAAUAGUCUUUCUCACGUCCAUAUAAUUACUGAUACCGAUGGCACAUCUUCCAGAGGAAAUCAUGGGGCUUCCUUCCAGAGCCUGGCAGACAAAUCGAUCACACGUUUUUAUUUUGACUUCUCAGCUUCAUGGCCACGCACCCCUAGUUGGAUCUCUUUGUUGGGGACCGAUAUGUUUUACUCAAGCUUCGCACGCAUUUUCAAACGGCUGAUACAAGAAUGUGGAAUGUCAGUUAUGGUUGCACUUCAAAAUGCAUUGGAGGAGUUUUCAGAUGCAAAAGAGAGGUCAAGGCAGUGUGUUGCUGCUGAAGCUUUGGCUGGAGUGCUGCAUUCUGACAUCAAUGGUCUUUUAGAAGCCUGGGAUCACUGGCUAAUGAAUCAACUGGACAAGAUCAUUCUUGCACCGUCAGUGGAUUCCAUACCUGAGUGGGCAGCUUGCAUACGAUAUGCAGUUACAGGGAAAGGAAAAUAUGGGACGAGGGUUCCCCUUUUGAGGCAAAGAAUUUUGGAUUGCCUGGUGAAACCUUUACCUCAAUCAGUGCCGACUAAUGUAGUUGCCAAGAGGUAUGCUUUUCUCUCUGCUUCACUAAUUGAAAUAUCUCCUCCCAAAAUGCCAGUCGCAGAGAUCCAGUUCCAUGAUAAACUUCUGCAAGAGUUGCUGGAUAAUAUGAGCCAUCCAUCUGCUCAGGUAAGGGAAGCUAUUGGUAUUGCCCUUUCUGUACUGUGCUCAAACAAGCGGCUUUUUGCAUCCUUUACUCUUACACAAGUACAAGAAGGGCCAGAAAGUAGUGUGAAUGACCCAUUUGGAAGGGGGAACUGGGAUCAACAUUUGAUGGAGAGGGCUUCUAAACUGGCAGUGAAUAUCCAGAACGCUAGUCAGUCGGAUAAUGUGGAGUCUCCAAUGGACAUAACUCGUGAAAAUGGUCCCUCAAAUGAUGAGUCACGAGAAGACGUUAAGUGGAUGGAAACGAUGUUCCAUUUCGUUAUUUCAUCUUUGAAGUCGGGCAGAUCUUCGCAUUUGUUAGACAUAAUUGUGGGUCUUCUUUAUCCUAUCAUUUCCUUGCAGGAAACAUCAAAUAAAGAUUUAUCAAUAUUGGCCAAGGCAGCUUUUGAAUUAUUAAAAUGGAGGAUUAUUCCACAGCCACAUCUACAGAAGGCUGUAUCAGUGCUUCUCUCAGCAGUCAAUGAUCCGAACUGGCGAACUAGAUCGGCAACUCUGACUUAUCUCCGAACUUUUAUGUACAGGCAUAUUUUCAUUCUAUCGAGUGCAGAGAAGCAAGAAAUCUGGAAAAAUAUUGAGAAGUUACUUAUAGACAACCAAGUUGAGGUGAGGGAGCAUGCUGCAGCAGUUCUUGCGGGGUUGUUGAAGGGUGGAGAUGAAGAUAUAGCCAAGGACUUCCGUGAUAGAGCAUUCUCAGAGGCACAUUCUAUUCAAAAGAAAAGAAAACAGAGAAACUCAAAUUCAGGUCAGUCUAUAGCUUCUACACACGGUGCAGUCCUUGCUUUGGCCGCUUCAGUCCUAUCAGUCCCUUACGACAUGCCCAGCUGGCUACCUGAUCAUGUGACAUUAUUGGCUCGAUUCAUUGGCGAGCCAUCCCCUGUAAGAUCUACAGUGACAAAAGCAGUAGCAGAGUUCCGGCGAACCCAUGCAGACACCUGGAACUUCCAGAAAGAUUCUUUUACUGAAGAUCAGCUUGAGGUUUUGGCAGAUACAUCAUCAUCUUCGUCAUAUUUUGCUUGAUUUGAAUGCAACCCCAAAUUGAUUAAAAAAGGGGAAAUAAUAGCGAAAGGAAAAAAAAAAAAAAAAAACAGAAAUCAGAAAUGAGGAUUAUCUUAGCGACCUUUUCAUAUAUUGUUCAUAAAAUAAGCUUUAUUUACAUAUAGCGACUGUCUGUAUCAUUUAUAUGCUUGCCAUCAGCUUAUUCUCUCUAAUAUGUAAUUUUAGU